CUGCGGGUGAUGUUGUGAUCUCUCAGCUGACAUGAGCGCCCUGUUUCCACGCGAGGACCCAGAAACAUGGAGGAGUGCGUAUGCGAGCUACUGGGAUGCAGUGGAGGCAAAGUCCAACAGCAAGAAACCUGGAAAGCUGCUUCACCUCGACAAGUGGUACCAGGAGGAGCUGCCCAAACUCAUAUCAGGUCGACCUGACAAACACGUCACUCAAUCGGAGCUGGUGAAACUGAUGGAGUGGAAGCUCACUAGAGGGAAGUUCAGGCAGAGGCUGCCGCAGCUGGUGGCUUCCAACAGCGAGUGCGCCGUGGAGAAAUGUUCCAGAAAGGCUUUCGGCCUCCUGCCUGAUGUGCCGGCAGCGAUCGCGGAGCUGUGCUGUCUGAAGGGAGUGGGCCCGGCGACCGCUUCAGCUGUGUUGGCAGCAGGAGCUCCAGAACAGGCAGCAUUCAUGUCCGAUGAAGCCACGGAGAGCGUACCAGGACUAAAGCCCGUCCAAUACACAGCCAAGCACUACGCGCUCUACUUGGGCAAAAUGGUCGAGCGCACUGAAAAACUAAACAAAGUGGAUCCCCAGCAGGACUGGACCCCCCACAGGCUGGAGUUGUGCUUGUGGGCAUGGACCACAGCCAAACAGCACCAGCCCCCAACCCCAGAGGACGUAGAUGUGAAGGCCAGCAGUGUGAAGAAGUGCCCAGACGUCAAAGUCGACCAGAGACCGACAAAAAAGCUCAAAACAAGAUAAAAACCAAGUAUUCCACAAAUAUUUUUACAUUAAAUUUGCUUUAUUGUCAGUUUAUUUUGUUUUUUUCCAUAAUAAAGCCUUCAUAUAAAAUUGA